UUUAAAAUAUCUUGUCAUUGCAUCGAACUGAAACCAUUUAAAGUUUUUUUACCAAUAAACUGCAGAACCAUCAAAAACAUGCAUCGCAGUCGUUUGUCGACAAACACUGUAGUUUACGUCUGCAUUGUGGUUCUUAUUCUGGUCUCGAUUGCGAUCGAUGAUGUCGCGGCCAGACGAGGACGUGCUAGAGGUCGCACAAAAUCUAGGAUGCAAAUCGGCCUGCCUAUAACUGGCAAAUAUCGUGACCCAGAAUCUGAUCAGUAUUACAACAACAACAAUGGUGCCAAAAUCACAUUAGCAUCACACUUUGACUAUGAAUACGUUUUGGGACACAAGAUAGCGUUCUUGUGCGUAGCACGUGGCACGCCUCGGCCAACGAUCACCUGGUUUAAGGAUGGAGUUGAGAUUUUCAGUCACUUGUAUCUACAUGUACACGAAUGGUACAUCGGAAAGGAUAAGGUUAAAUCGAAAAUCGAAAUCGAUCCCGCAACUCAGAUGGAUGCCGGCGUUUAUGAGUGUACGGCCGACAAUAUGUACUCGAUCGAUCGAAGGAGUUUUAAGACCGAUUUCUCGAUCGCAUUCGAUUAGCAUCUGGAAGCGGUAUCUGGGUGCGGUAGUAAACUAUUCUAACGAACCGGUAAGAUAGCUUACUAACUUGCAACCGUGAGCACAGUAAAUUUAAAUUGAUGUUGUCGACUAUAGAGUAUUUAAUAAAAUAUACACACAUAACUAUUUAUAA